AUGGUGUUGCGCAUUCUUCGCUUGGUGCUCAAUUUGGUGCUGGCACUUCCAGUCGCUCACGCUGUGCGCACAGCAGUUGUGUUAGAAUCCCCUGAGCUGCAGGAAACACACUCAAAAUUCUUCAAGCUACUUGAAGAUCGUGGCCAUCAAUUGGUAUAUUUUUCUGGUGAGGAGAAGCAGCCACUUAAGCUGGAAAGUUAUGGAGAGCGCACAUACGAAAAUCUGGUGCUGUUUACGCCCCAAAAAGCGCUAGACUCCCUGCGCAAAUCGAACCUAAUGCAGUUUGUAGAGAAGGGUGGUAAUGUCCUUUUAGCAGCUGGCAAGAAAUUGACCAAGGUACAGCGCGAGUUUGCGCUUGAAUGCGGCGUCGAGUUUGAAAAAAAGGGGAAUGUUGUGCUUGACCACGUCAACCCUAUUGCUGACGACGAUGAUAUUUACAAUUCGGUGAUAGCUGCGAUAGAUUUCGUCCCUUCAGAGCGUGUGGUUGGAUCGCUGGCCGGUAAUCCUAGACCCGUCGCUUUUUCCGGUGUUGGUAUGUCCCUCGAGCCGAACAAUAUCUUGGCCUUUCAUGUGCUGACGGCACCAACCACCGCGUACUCAGCCAACCCGGUCAAGCCCAUUACAGAAAAGAUUGUGUCUAGUGACCUCCUUUUCGGAAAUCAAAUUGGCCUCGUUACUGCCGUCCAAAGCCGCAACAAUGCCCGUCUCGUCUUCAGUGGCUCGCUCGACCUUUUUAGUAACAAGUAUUUGAACAACAAGACUUUUGCUAAUGCCGAGUUUACCGAACACGUUGUCAAGUGGGGAUUUCAGGAAAGCGGUGUGCUGCGGAUGACGAAUGUGAAACACCACCGUGCCGACGGCUCGCAACCUGCCAAAAUGCUGAGCGAUGCGAAUCGUGGUGACCAGCCAAUCACGCUUUAUCCGGAUGCAGAGGUAGCGCGUGACUCACUUGUGUACCGUGUAAAGGACAACUUGACAUACUCGUUGGAUCUUCACGAGCUAAAGGAUGGAAAAUGGGUUCCAUACAAAGCAGAUGAUGUCCAGCUCGAAUUUGUCAUGCUCGAUCCUCAUGUACGCACGACGAUGAAUCACAACGAUCAGGGUCACUUUUCGGUGACUUUUGAGGCGCCCGAUGUGUAUGGAAUCUUUCUCUUUCGUGUGAUGUAUCGCCGUCUGGGUCUUUCUACGAUUUUCACGACUACUCAGGUUUCGCUUCGACCAUUUAAACACGACGAGUAUGAAAGAUUUAUUCCUGCGGCGUAUCCCUACUAUGCCUCCGCCUUCUCGAUGAUGACUGGCGUGUUCCUCUUUAGCGUGUAUUUUUUGUUCUACGAUGGAAAAAAGUAA